CCUGAGGAACACCAUCCCCCGGGCCACCUCUCAGAGGUUGCUGAGGGUGCCCAGGCCUAUGCCUCCCAUCCAGAGCAUCCCCACCACCCCCGAGGCUGGCAGAGCCAAGGAGAAGAGCCUGGACCCACCUGGUGAGAGUCAGGGUCCCCAGGAGCUGAGACCCGGUGCUGAGGAGGUGCAGAUCUCCCGACAAUACCUGCACUGCAAUGAUGAGAAGAUGCAGAAGUCGCUGGGGGGCAUUGUGAUCCCGCCCAUCCCAAAGGCUGGGCUGUCUGCUGGGCCCUCCUCCUGCACAUCUGGCUCCCUUCCCAGCCACUUGCCUCUAGGCCAGGACAUCCUCAUGGGCCUGAGGGCCCCCCCAGCACGCUUGGCUCUGGAGAGUGGGCCUCGAGAGAAGACCCUGCAAUCUCUGGAGCCAAAACCUUUGGCCCUGCCCAUCAGAGGCAGGUCUUCAGCCCCCGAGAAGCCUGCCCUGCCUUCAUCUCAGUCUGCUCCUACGCUGACAGCCUUCUCCUUCGGCCAUGCCAAAGAAGCCCACCCCUUGCCUAAAGAAGAGGACCAGGAGGAGAGCAGCACCAAGAUCCAGGUCACCAUCUCCAGGUCUGCCCAGGAGAAGAUGCGGCUGAAGCAGAUGAAGGAGAUGGAGUUGUUCGGGAGGGCAAAGGAGCCGGAGAGGGAGAAGGAGCGGGAGCUCGCUUCCCAGAGCCUGGGCUCCCGGAGGACCUUGAUGAAAGAAGGUCUCCUUCCCCUCCGGGGCAGCAGGACCCUGUCUGUGCCCACUGGGCUGAGCAGCCCACGCAGGAACAACAUCGGGGUCAUCCUGAGGAAGCGAGCCACCCGGGCCUCACUGCCCAGCAUCUCCAUCAGCAAGCAGGAGCCCAGCUUUGCCCGCCAUACUUCAGCUAACUCAUUGCCUGCAGUGCUUACAUUGGGGUCUCCUGAAUGGGAAGAAGAGGAGGAAGAGAUGGACCUUCAAGCCUUUAAGGAGUUGAGGCCUUUCUCAAACCCGGAGCUGGGGUUGAUGGAUGCCCUCCAGUGCCUUGACAGCAGCGACUGGCAGAUGAAGGAGAAGGGGCUGGUGAGCAUCCAGCGCCUGGCCGCCUGUCACCCGGAGGUCCUCGCCGGGAGGCUGCACGACGUGUCCUUGGCUGUGACUGGGGAGGUCACCAACCUCCGCUCCAAGGUGUCCCGCCUGGCAAUCAGCACCCUGGGAGACCUCUUCCGGGCCUUGAAGAAGAAUAUGGACCAGGAGGCUGAGGAGAUCACCCGCUGCCUGCUCCAGAAGAUGGGGAACACCAGCGAGUUCAUCCAGAGAGCAGCCAACCGGUCCCUAGGGGCCAUGGUGGAGAACGUGACUCCUGCCCGCUGCCUGGUGGCCCUCACCUCUGCGGGUGUCUACCACCGAAACCCCUUAGUUCGGAAAUGCACUGCUGAGCACCUCUUGGCCGUGCUGGAGCAGAUAGGUGCUGAGAAGCUUCUCUCGGGCACCAAGGACAGCACAGACAUGCUGGUGUACAACCUGGUGAGGCUGGCCCAGGACUCCAACCAGGACACCAGGUUUUAUGGCCGGAAGAUGGUGAAUAUCUUGAUGUCGAACUCGAAGUUUGAUGCAUUUCUGAAGCAGUCGCUCCCGUCUCACGACCUGCGCAAGGUCAUGGCGGCCAUUAAACUGCGGGGAAUAGAAGAUAGUGAGGAACCUCCGUUUGCCAAAGGCCGCAAGGUGUCCAAGAGUCUGGUGGUGUGUGAGAACGGGCUGCCCGGCGAGCACGGGCUCAGCUCCAAUGGCCCGUGGCUGGCGGGGCUGCGCUCCUCCAUGCGGGGUGGCUUGGAGACGGUGGAGCAGCUGCGGGAGCUGACGCGGCUGCUGGAGGCCAAGGAGUACCAGUCUCGGAUGGAAGGCGUGGGGCGGCUCCUGGACUACUGCAAGGCCAAGCCCAAGCUCAUCACCACCAACCUGGUCCAGGUCUUUGACGCUUUCACCCCAAGGCUUCAGGAUUCCAACAAGAAAGUGAACCAGUGGGCGCUGGAGUCCCUCUCCAAGAUGAUCCCCCUCCUGAAAGAAAGCUUGCAACCUAUGCUGCUCUCUAUCAUCAUCGCUGUCGCAGACAACCUCAACUCCAAGAACUCAGGGAUUUAUGCUGCCGCGGCGACUGCACUGGAUGCAAUGAUUGAGAGUCUGGACAACCUGUGCCUCCUACAGGCAUUUGCUGGGCGAGUGCGUUUCUUGAGUGGCCGCGCUGUGCUUGACAUCACAGAACGCCUAUCAGUGCUGGUGGCCUCGGUUUACCCCCGAAAACCCCAGGCUGUGGAGCGCCAUGUCCUUCCGGUCCUCUGGUACUUCCUGAACACCAUGAUCGGGAACGGUGUCCUGCCUGGGCACGGCGGGAACGUCCGCACGGCGGUCCGCCAGCUGUCCAGGAGCCUCCAGGAGCAGAUGGGCUCCCAGCUACAGGACUUGGCUGCUGCCCAGCCAAAGAAAGUCCUCCAAACGCUCCAGGAACUCUUCAACACGGAAUCCCUGUGAGGCAGCCCCAAGGUCACCGACAGAGGCGUGGCAUCUGAUACCAAGACAACUGGCAGCUCACGCCCCUUUCAGCUGGAUUCAAGCCGGAUCUGAAAUGGGCAAUCGUUGUUUUUCAGCUGACUUUAUUUUUAUGAUGGAAUAAUCUCCUGGUCUACUUUCCCUUAGAGUUCCAGAUGUACAUAGUAUGUUUUGCAGUAGAAAUAAAAGAAUUAUUUAUUU